AUGGAGCUUGUUACUGUAGUUCCUCGUCAACGGCUUGAAAGUAUCGAGCUUCUAACGGGCACAACUCCAACACUCCGACCACCCUACCGAAGUAACUUGCCGCUAUGGCUUGCGAUUCUUUUAAAGAAACAACGGCGCGCCAAUAUCGUUCCUCCUCCAUGGCUUCAUCCCGACUCGUUACGCGAAAUCGUCCACCACGAAACAAAUAUCGAUCGUACAGGCUGGGCACCGCCGCCUCCACCACCGGCACGAGCAGACAGCAGAGGCAAUGCGCGGAGAUUGAAUCCCUUUGUGGAUGAAGAGGUUGUUCUUUCGCCGCCGUUCCUCCCAUCCUGUACAUCAGAUGCGCCGUCAGGAGCACUGCCUUACCACUGGUUCGAGGUCUCCGAAAUGCUUCUCGCACAUGCCGCAGACGACAUUGCAAACUCAUCAGAAGUGCGGUCCCUACUACGAGAUUUACAAGAAGUGAGAGCUGCCAAAAUGCGAUCCAGUACAGCGCAGCUCGAGAGCGGAGUCGACGGUGUUAUGAGUUUACGAGGAGUGGGAGCUAUGGAACUUGCAGAGAGCAGAGGAUUCGUUAUUGGUGUGGUCGAAGGUGUCAGGAAACUUGGCGCAAGCACGGAAACAACAAGAAGAGAAGAGGAGGAAGAAGGUGGCGGUCAAGAGUCGGAUGAUCAAAGUGAUGAGGAUAUGGGACUAUGA